GGGGAGUUAUACAAAACGUCAGAGUUGAAUGUUUCGCUACGUCACACACAUUAUCAACAGUAUAACAUUACAGUGUAAUUACAGUCACGCACACACAGGCAGGUACGCGGACACGGGCGGCUCUACCUGCGCAAGAGUCGCAUUCCGUCACCCACCUCCGCGAUUGGCCGCCGAGCCUGCGAAGGCUUCGAACAGCGCUACAAAUUUUUAAAUUUAGAAAGUUUGCCUCAGUGUUUGUGAUUGGUUCGGUACGCGGCAUAAUGUCCACAGUGUUAUAAGAUCCAUCAUGUCUAGCCUAGCAUGCUUGCUAGCCGUGGCUGGCGCCGCGUCUGCACAGCUCACGCUUGACGGCAUCAGGUGCGGCCAAUUGCUCUGUCAGCUUGAGGAGUACUGCUCACCGGAGACGAAUAGAUGCGCCCCCUGCAAUGUCGUUUGUAACAAAACCAACCACAAUUACGAUGCCGGGCUCUGCGUCAAAGAGUGCCAAGGCUAUCUCCUGGACUUGAGAUAUUUGCGAAGGACAGAGGAGACGCAACCGCCCGGCGAUCUCAGCAGUGUCCAGCGUCAAGCUCAAACUGCUUUGAUCAUCAGCGCAGUGGCUCUAGCCAUCUUGGUGCUCAUCCUGAUUAUUGUCUGCAGAGGAAGAUUCUCUUGGAGAUACAUCAAACAAAAAUUCCAACCAGCCAAGAACCGUGUGAAGCAGUACCCAAACGAUCUGACCCACCACAAUCCGCACGCUGAGAUGCCUAAACCCAAGCACGAGCUUAAACUAGAGAUAAGGAACCCGGAACCAUCGAAACGACCGCAACAACCUCUCAACGCGAGAGACCUCGAAACGAGAACGUCGCAAACCGAGAAAAGCCAAGGAGCCACCACCCCAAAGACGAUCAGCACCGCUCUGAGCAACCGGCACCCCGCUGAGGACGCGACGCUAGACUUCUCCUACGACAACAUGGGCAUGAACGUGACGCCUCCCGAGCAACCCGCCACCAGCCACAAAUUCUGAGGUCCGGCCGUCAGCUUCGGCGGCGAAACUAUCAGGUUUAUAGAGGUCACCAGCGACGCCAGUACUGCCACCUCCAAAAGCUAAAGUUCACAGUUUAUUACAAACCUUGGAAGGUC